CUAGAAUAUUGUAUGACAAUCCCCAAGUCACUGAUUGUUAGCUAAUUAUUGUCUAUGAAGAAUAAAGCACUUAUUUCAGCAAAUACUGCCCCUUGCUCACUCUUGUUCCGAGUAAAUCAUUGGCUGCAUCUUCUUUUCCAAAUUUUUUUUUUUUUUUUUGGCUGUAGGAAAUUGUGCCCCUUGUGUGGGCAGGUUUUGUGUCUAUGUUAUUCUGCAUACCGCAGUACUUGACUCUGACUCCCAGCAGCUGGGUUACUCAAGCCACAGCUCAGCAAACUGUUCUGCAAUGAAGACAGGUCUCCUUCCCCUGUGUGUGUGCCUGCUGCUGGCCUCUGGCUCAGGUGAGGCAGGCAAGCUGCUGGUGGUCCCCAUGGAUGGCAGUCACUGGUUUACCAUGCGCUCGGUGGUGGAGAAGCUCAUUGAGAGAGGGCAUGAGUUGGUUGUUGUCAUGCCAGAGGUGAGUUGGCAACUGGGACAGUCCCUGAAUUGUACAGUGAAGAGCUACAGGACGUCUCACACCCUGGAAGAUAUGGACCGUGUGUUCAUGGAUUUUGCCAGAUCUCAAUGGUACAUUCCGGUGAAAAAUUUAUUUAACCUUAAGAAGGGUCCAUUGUACAAUUUUUUUGAACUCAUUUUUUCGCAUUGUAGGAGUUUGUUUACUGACAAGAAGUUAGUGGAGUACUUAAAAGAAAGCUCUUUUGAUGCAGUGUUUCUGGAUCCUUUUAAUAUGUGUGGCUUAGUGGUCGCCAAAUAUUUAUCACUGCCAUCUGUGGUGUUCGCAAGGGGGGCAUUUUGCCACUAUCUUGGAGAAGCUACGCAGUGUCCCUAUCCUCUUUCUUAUGUUCCAAGAGGUCUGUUGAGCUUCUCAGAUGUCAUGACCUUCAAGGAGAGAGUUUGGAACCAUAUCACUCAUUUUCAAGAGCGUUUAUUUUGCCACCAUUUUUUCAAAAGUAUUUUAGAACUUGCUUCUGAAGUUUUCCCAGAGCCUGUCACGCUCUAUGACCUCUUCAGCCACACCUCAAUCUGGCUGAUAAGAACUGACUUUGUGUUUGACUAUCCCAAACCUGUGAUGCCCAACAUGGUCUACGUGGGUGGUAUCAACUGCCACGAGGGGAAACCUUUGUCGAAGGUGAGUUCCAGCUGCUUUAGCCUGGAGGGAGUAAAGUUUUUUUUUUUUUUUAUUAAUAUUCAAGAAAAACUGCUCUGCUGUGAUUUGUGCUUUAAUUUAAUUGUUCCAGUUUGAAAAAAUGUACAGUGUGGAUUUCUUGUUUGGCACAUCAACAAAUAUGGUGAAGCUCUUCUCAUUGAAAUGUUUCUGUGACUCUUGACCUCAUAGUAUAUAAUACCCAACUACAUUUCUAAAAUAUUUGUUUGAAAAAAUAAUGAGAAACUCAGUUGAAAUAUAAUUUUAUGUUGGUUUACCCAGACAACCUUAGAGAAAUUUUUUAGUAUCUUUGUAUGUAUCUGUUCAGUUUAUGUUUAUAUGUAAUGCAAAUAUCUUCCUCUGUUUAAUUAAAAUAAGGUUUGAUAUCAGGAUGGAUAUAAUGACCGUUAGCUUUACUUUGCAAUUUUACUUGCACAUCAGUCUUAAUAUUUAUAAAC